GGACAAGGGAGCCAUGGUUAGGGCUGUUCAAGCAGUUAAAAAUAAGGAAAUGGGAUACCAAAAGGCCUCUCAAAUAUUUCAAGUUCCAAAAGGGACUAUUGAAAGGUAUGUAAAGGAUGCAAGAAGUGUACAUGAGUUGGUAUCUACCAGUUUGGGUAGAAAGCCAGCUUUGACUUGUGAAAUGGAAAAGAUGCUGGCGGAAUAUUGCAUACAAAUGGAAAAAAGUUCUAUGGAUUGAGAAGGCAAGACGUUAAACACAUGGC